AUGGACAGCUAGGAAUAGCAGAACAGAGAAGAUGAUUUAAUAAUUGAAUCUUAAGAAGAAGACAAUCAGAAAAAGAAGAAAGACAAGAAAGAAAAGAAACUAGUUAAGAAGCUUGAGCAGAAAAAGCCAAUCGAUGGUAAAUAAUAAUUUGGAGAUAAAUCCAUAUGCCGAUUAUGUAAGGUGACUACAAUGUCAACCCCAACUGUGAUCUGCAUCAGGUGCCACUUUAAGUACCAUUAGGAAUGCAUACGAACUUAAAAUAAAGAGCCAUAAUUUCAGGAGGGAGCCAAAUGGCAUUGUCUAUCAUGUAUAGAAAGAAUGGCCAAAAGAAAACUAAAAGAGUCUGAACCUUAGAAAAAGAAGAAAACCAAUCAAAUACUUGAAUUUUUUUAGAAAACUCCUUAGACCCAAGAAGAUAAAACUAAAAAACAUUCAGAAUUUCAGCAAAAAUACCCAACAUAUGUAUCUUAAGGAAGAGUAAUUUUUCCAAUAUUCGAUGAAUAUCUUACUGCCUAUUAAGGAUUAUUUAAUAUAGAGAUUAAAAAGAAGCCUACACUUUAGCUAGAUCUCAAUAUCCCUUAAGAUAUGUUUGAAGAUGUUCUUAAGAUAUGGGAUAGCUACAAUAACAUGGAUAAAAUAGUUAGUGAUAUUUUGUAUGCGGGAGAAUAAUAAGCUGAAUAACAAAGUUAAGUCAAUAAUAUUGGCACCUUGAUUCACUUCAAAGAUAACCACACCCCAUAUAGUGAAAAAAGUAGAUUAGAAAUAUAUGAAUUAAUACAGACCAAACCAGAACAACUGAUCUUAUUUUUUAGUUACUUCUACUUGAAAUAAAUAAUCGAGGAUUUUGAUCAAGAACAAAUGCAAAAAUAAUAAUAUGUAAUAUUACCCUAUAAUUUCUUAUAGAAAAUUCCAUACUGGCAUCUUCUAGGAUAUAUGUGGUUUACAAAUAGAAACAGAUAUUACGAACUUUUGAGAGAUGAUAUCAAACAGCUCCCAACCAACAUUUCAAGAUAAGGCAUCUUGUAAUUGUCCUUAGAUUUAAUGGAUUUUACUGAUUACACUGAUCUCAAAAAGGUUUGCAGACUCAUUAUCUCAUUAUCUGAAGGAUUGGCUGGUUUGAAAAAAACCCAAUUUCUAUAUUAAUUUCGAACAGAAAAUCUAUUGUCCAACAAUCGAAUCAAAUAGUAAUUAGGCAUGCAAAUCAAAUAAUAGAGAAGUUAAUAAAUUGAUAUAAAAAAAGAAAUUAUUGAAGCCGAAGGUAACAUCUCAAUUGCUAAAUCUUAAUUACAAUCAGAAGGUUUAACUAGAGUAGAAGCACAAAAGUUCACUCGCCAAAUGGAAACCGCAUAAAAAUAGGCUCAAAAAUUCAAAUAGUAGUAUCAAAAAUUAGAAAAAGAAAUUAUGACACUCACCGAAAGAUAUAACGAAUACGAUAAAGAAUUAGCUAUCACACAAAUGCCAGCCUUAUUACUGAACCCAUCUAUGUGUUUAGGUUAAGAUGCCAAACAUAGUUCUUACUAUUUCUUUCUCUAUGAGCCAGACAAGAUUUUCGUUUGUAUGAGACACUCAAUCAUUGAUGAUGAUGGAUCAGUUUAAUGGGGAUAUUAUGAUUAUAAAGAAAUCCCUAAUCUCCUAAAUUCCUUAUGCGCUAAAGGAGUUAGGGAAAACACAUUGAAGAACAACAUUAUUGAAUUACAAAGAGCUAAAUUAUUAAUUGAAUCUGAGUCAAAUAACGAGUAAAAUGAAUCCAUUCCAUAAGAUAAUCUUAAAAAUGGGAAAAAAACAGAUUAAGAAAUAGAAUAAGAAAUCAAUUAGCAAAGUGAAUAGCCAGAACGAGCAAAUAGUCUAUUGAACUUAGAAGUAGAUUAAUUAACCAAUGAGUUUGUCGGAAUUGAAACAAGUUUAACAUAAUACUUAAAUCAGAAAAAUUCAAGAUGGUGUAGUACAGAAUAGAGAAACAAUUUUAUUAAGAGUUUCUAAAAUGUAAUUCAAAAGAAAAACCCAUCAGAAUAUGAUGAAGAUGAUUUGAAGCCUUUGGCAAAUGCCAUUGAAUAUUUUGUAGAUAACACAAUGAUGUAAGAAAAACUGGAACUAAGAUUAGAAGAGGAUGUUGAUGAAAAAUUUAUAGAAAAUGAAGAUGAUUCUUAUUAAUAACCCAACAGAAGAAGAAAAGUUGUUGAAGACGACUCCUCUCUUGAUGAAUAACCUCAAACAAUUCUCUAAUAAUUGGAGCAAAUGGAAAAUAAUAAAGUAAGAAUCAGAAAAUUACCUAUGAAACUAUUUGGUACUUAUUAUGAAACUUUAAGAUUAAAUUUGAUUGGAUAGUUAAAAAAUGAAUGCAAUCUUCCAAAAAUGAAGAUUUGCUUAGAAGUUUUAGGAUAGAUUGUUAAGGAUUAUAUUGAUAGGAAAAAGAUUUAAAUUUAAUAAUUUAUCUAACCUCCUUUUGAAAAGAAAAAACUUGAAGAAUCCACAACUAAAAAGAUUAUUGAAUAGUAAAUUGAUCAGCAAUAGGAUUCAUAAAUUAAUCCACCUUAAAGUCUUAGAAAAAGAAAUUUAAAUAAACCAUAAUACAUCGAAACCGAAACUAAAUGGGAUGAUAAAUGCAAAAAAUGUAAUAAAGGAGGCAAAGUGAUUUGUUGUGAUACCUGUCCAAAAGUAUUCCAUCCUAAAUGUAUAAAUUUGAAGGAAGUACCAUAAGGUAAAUGGAAUUGUCUAAAUUGUUUGAAAAACUUUGAGAGGUAAAUUAAAACAAGAGCAAUUGUGAAAAAAUUUGAGAAUCAAUGA